AUGAACCUAUUGCAGAUACUCAAAAAGGUGAAGCAAAAGGAAGACAUGAGGUCUCUUCGACGAUCAAAGGUUGACUGGGUUGAGACUGGCGUUGUCUCUCCUGUUGUGAGGGAACAAAAACAUUGUGCCUCUGUCGAGGCAUUACACUAUAUGAAGACCAAUCAGUCAAUCAUGUUGUCCGUUCAACAGCUCAUUGAUUGUGAUACAAAGAACAACGGUUGCAAUGCUGGUCAUUCCGAGGAUGCGCUCGAAUAUAUCAAGAAAAAUGGACUAUGGAGUGAAUCUUCCUACCCAUACAUGUACCAGAGUAAUAGUUUGGGUUGCAAGGGGAACAAAACGGUAGUAGCAAGGAUAUCUGGUUUUGAGACUGUCUCCAGAACGGAGGAAGCUCUGGAGGAGGCAGUAGCAAAGCAGCCCGUGAUUAUACGUUUGAAGUGGCCACCUAGUAUGCACAAUUACAAAGGAGGCAUCGUAGAGUAUGAAGACCUGCCAACAACUCUACCUGAUGGCACAGAACUCCGCUGGCAUGCUGUCAUAAUUGUCGGAUAUGGCACGGAUUCCAAUGGUGUCAAGUUUUGGCGUUUAAAGAACUCGUGGGGAGAGACUUGGGGGGAAGGGGGGUAUGGGAGGAUCCGGAGACAUGUCCAUAAUGGGCAAGGUGUACUAGGUAUCUGCGCAUAUCCGGCAGUAUAUCCUGUGGUUUGGUGA